ACAGCUUGAUCAGAAUGUGCAUGUUAAACAACUUGAACAUCGACCUUGCUUUUUCUGUUUUAGAACAAAUGGUGAAUGUUACCGCUCAGUUCCAGGCUCGUGAGAACCAAAGUCGACUGAUGUCAGAAAGUCUCAACAGGGAAUUAGAACAGUUACGACAACAAAUGGCGACUGUUACCGCUCAGUUCCAGGCUCGUGAGAACCAAAGUCGACUGAUGUCAGAAAGUCUCAACAGGGAAUUGGAACAGUUACGACACACCAAGGGAAGAGAACUCCCAACUACCAUCGAAGAGAUGGAGAAAUCCAUUGUUAAAACUGCAGGGCUUUGCAAAAUAUGGAACAAGAAGAAUCUACGCCAGGAACAAGAGUAA